AUGAAGGCUGUUAUCCUAUCCCUGCUGGCGAUUGCCGCUCAACAAGCAGCUUCUCAUGCAACCUUUCAGGCUCUUUGGGUUGAUGGAGUCGAUUAUGGCGGCCAGUGUGCCAGACUUCCUCUCUCAAACUCCCCGGUCACAGACGUUUCGUCUAACGAUGUUCGAUGCAAUGCAAACAGCGGUCCAGUGGCCAAGAAAUGCGUCGUAAAGGCUGGCUCUUCGGUCACGGUUGAGAUGCACCAACAACCAAAUGAUCGAUCAUGUACUUCAGAAGCCAUCGGUGGCGCACACUACGGACCCGUUAUGGCAUACAUGACGAAAGUCUCCGAUUCAUCUUCGGCCGACGGAUCUACCGGAUGGUUCAAGGUCUACCAAGAUGGAUGGGCCGCCGCGGCUGGUAGUGCCAACGGCGAUGGCGACUAUUGGGGAUCUAAAGACAUGAACACUUGCUGCGGCAAAGUUCAAGUCAAGAUCCCCUCAGACAUCCCAGCUGGGGACUACCUGCUUCGGGCCGAGUCCAUUGCCCUUCACGCGGCAGGCUCCAGCGGCGGUGCUCAGUUGUACAUGACAUGCUUCCAGCUGACCGUUACCGGCGGCGGAAGUGCCUCACCUGGAACAGUUUCGUUCCCUGGAGCAUACAAGGCUUCCGACGCUGGUCUGCUCGUUGACAUUCACAGAGCCCUGACUACCUAUGUCGUACCGGGACCCACAGUGUACGCUGGCGGUUCGACCAAGAGUGCCGGGUCUGGCUGCGUCGGAUGUGAGUCGACUUGCACCGCUGGCUCCGGGCCUACCGGAACGGCCUCCAGCGUUCCCCAGCCGAGCACGACUGGCGGUCUUCCAGGAUGCACUGUUGCGAAGUACGGCCAGUGUGGCGGCACGGGAUGGACUGGUUGCACUUCCUGCGCCUCUGGGUCGACCUGUCAAGCCGUAUCAGCACCUUACUAUUACCAGUGCGCAUGA